AUGGCAAACAAUGUUGAAGAUUUCUCCCAAUUCGGAAUUUCAAAAGAGGAAAAGGAUAAGCUUGUAGGAGAAGUAAUCCGUUACAUGCUUUUCAAAACUCAUCAAAACUCAGGGUGUCCGGUUAAGAGAGAUGAACUCACUCAGCUUAUUACCAAGAAUUAUCAUCAGAGGAAUCUUCCUACUUUUGUCAUCAAUGAGGCUAAGGACAAGCUUUCCGCCGUGUUUGGUUAUGAAAUGAGAUUGCUUUCUAGGUCUGUCCCGUCGUCUAAAGCGCAGACACGCGCUUCGCAAAGUGGCGCAGAUGCAAAAUCAUAUAUACUCAUUAGCCAUCUUCCUUCUGAUUUAUAUGAAAAAUAUGUUGUGGAUGCGAAUACAGCGUACAUGUCUGGUUUCACGUUUGUCAUAAUUAGUAUUGUACAUCUUGCUGGCGGUAAAAUUCCAGAAGAAAGUCUGUGGAGCCAAUUGAAUAGGAUGAGUUUGAGUGACAGUGAAGCAAAUCAUCCUGCCCUUGGAAACAUUAAGCAAGCCUUGGAACUUCUUGUUCAGCAAAGGUAUUUACAAAAGGACAAAGUUCAUGGUCCUGAAGGCAAUACCGUAUAUUAUGAGCUUGCUGAGAGAGCUUCAGAUGGACCCAUCUAUGACAAGGUCAAGGAAUACAUAUCUCAGAUUAUGAGGGAAACUUCCUAA